AUGACUGCCAAGCACCACCAACCAGCCGCUCCAUCAUCACGCCGUCUCACCGUCUCGGAAUGGAACGUGUGGGUGGGCACGAAGAACGAGCAGAACAAACGAAGGAGCAAUCUUUUCAAUGAUAACAACAAUACAUCAGACCAACCUUCUCUCUUUUUCAUCUUCUGCAUCAUCAUUAUUUCCUUUUUGUUGACAGCACGUUCGUACGUUCUCUCGUUCUCCUUUUCGAUAUCAGAAUCAAUGAACGCCACUGAAGAUGGUGAAGAUGGGUCAUCGUCGUCGUCGUCGUUGUCAUCAAAUGCUUGGCUGGAAGGUUGUGCUUGUGUAAAAAAAACAUUACCAAAUCAAAAUGAAUAUCCAUUUCAACAACAUCACCACCAUUGUUACAAUUCAAGCGGCGACGAGACAGCCAACGUCCAACGUCCAACAGCCAACCAUUUAACCAUCAACUACCAUGUUGCACAAGCAUAUGCAGUGAAGAUGAGAGCGGUCCAUUGA